AUAUGUUUUCCUUUAUUUUCUUCUAGUUGCAAAAAUAUACAUACAUACGCGUAUCAGUCUCUAGAUAUUCUAAAUCCCUUAUCUGUCUCCAGAUCCAAAAUCCAUCUUCAUUUCCAUCUCUACAAGCCUACUUGAGCAAAAACCCAAAAGGGUUCCUUUGAUCUUUACAUACAUACAGUCAAAUCUCCCGCUUCUACAUAGUUCUUGUAGAAUAGUCAUCAUCGAUCUCUUGUUAUUAUAGAUCCAUUCUUUGAUUUCAUCGGCUCAAACCCUUUAUCUCUUUCGCCGACAAGAACCUACACGCUUCAAUUCAUUUAUAGGACUAACUCAGACCAAGAAAAUUUCAAUUUAUUGCUUAAUAAUAACUCUUGUACCCUUUCCCUGAUCAACUUUGGGGAUUUUGUGUUCUUGAUUGACUUCGUUGCCGUAGAUUUAACGAAUUUUUGGCAAAUCCAUUUUGGGUUUAUGAUAGUGAGAUCUAAAAGCUUUUCUUGCGAAUAAGGUUCUUGUUGGUCUGUGAUCUACUAAGUUUUCAUCUCACCGAGUUCGUCUUUUGGCUCUCAUUUAGUUGCCUGCGAGGUGUUUGAUGCUUUGCCGCUGUGAUGCAGUCUGAUCAAAGAAGAAAGGGAUCUGCAGAAGUAGAUUUUUUCACUGAAUAUGGUGAAGGGAGUAGAUAUAAAAUAGAGGAAGUCAUUGGUAAAGGAAGCUAUGGAGUUGUAUGCUCUGCAUACGAUACUCAUCUUGGAGAAAAAGUAGCAAUAAAAAAGAUAAAUGACAUAUUUGAACAUGUUUCUGAUGCCACACGUAUCUUGCGUGAGAUUAAGCUUCUUAGGCUUCUUCGUCAUCCAGACAUUGUUGAAAUCAAACACAUCUUAUUACCUCCUUCAAGAAGAGAAUUUCGUGAUAUAUACGUGGUUUUUGAGCUUAUGGAAUCUGAUCUACAUCAGGUUAUAAAGGCAAAUGACGAUUUAACCCCUGAACAUUAUCAGUUCUUUCUUUAUCAACUUCUUCGUGGAUUGAAGUACAUUCACACAGCAAAUGUUUUUCAUCGGGAUUUAAAACCGAAAAAUAUAUUGGCAAAUGCGGAUUGUAAACUCAAGAUUUGUGACUUUGGUCUUGCAAGAGUUGCUUUCAAUGAUACACCUACUGCAAUAUUCUGGACAGAUUAUGUUGCAACAAGAUGGUAUAGGGCUCCUGAAUUGUGUGGAUCAUUUUUCUCUAAGUAUACACCAGCCAUAGACACGUGGAGUAUUGGUUGUAUUUUUGCAGAACUUUUAACAGGAAAGCCACUUUUUCCCGGGAAAAAUGUUGUUCAUCAGUUGGAUUUAAUGACUGAUCUUUUAGGGACACCUUCACCUGAAGCCAUAGCCAGGAUAAGAAACGAGAAGGCAAGGAGAUACUUAAGCAGCAUGAGGAAGAAAAAACCGAUUCCUUUUUCACAAAAGUUUCCAAAUGCUGAUCCUCUUGCACUUCGUUUGUUAGAAAGGAUGCUUGCAUUUGAGCCUAAAGAUCGUCCUACAGCUGAGGAGGCUUUAUGUGAUCCAUAUUUCAAGAAUCUGGCUAAGGUUGAGAGGGAGCCUUCUGCUCAACCUGUAACAAAAAUGGAAUUUGAGUUUGAAAGAAGAAGAAUUACAAAAGAAGAUGUUCGUGAACUGAUUUACAGGGAGAUUCUUGAAUAUCAUCCCAAUAUGCUCAAAGAGUUCUUGGAUGGAUCUGAACCUACUGGCUUCAUGUAUCCAAGUGCUGUUGACCAAUUCAAGAAACAGUUUGCUCAUCUUGAGGAGCAUUAUGGCAAGGGAACUUCAGCUGCACCUCUAGAGAGGCAACAAUCUUCAUCAUUGCCAAGGGCUUGUGUACUAUAUCCAAAAGAGACAGUAGAAGUUACAAAUGGUCUCUCAAAAUGUUCAAUCAAAGAAGUCGGGAAGCAAUACAUCACUUCUGCUGCCAUGCCAAUGAACAGACUUCCUCUUCAAGUUCCUCAAACCAUCCAAGCAGGAGGGAGUGCUGCAAGGCCAGGUAAAGUAGUUGGUUCGGUGAUGCGGUACAACGGCGGACCACCACCAGCAGGAGACAGUCUUGAACAGCGAAGGGCGGGUAGAAAUAAUCCGGUGGCGGCUCCCACCCAAUUCCCACUUCCGGCCUCCUCCUACCCAAGGAGGAGCAACAACUCAGCCGCCUGCAAAAACGACAAAGUAGAAACCGCCAUAGAAGUUUCCGCCAACGGCCUCCAGGCCCGACCGCCAUACGUUCCAAGAAAACUUGCGGCGGCGCAAGGCGGCGGACCUGCCGCCACCCUACUCCUAACUCCAUUCGUCACUGCUGCGCUGCGGUGUCGAGUCAUUUCCUCCCUCUCGUUCUUCAGUCAUUUCCUCAUGUCCAUUGCCAUCUCGUUCUUCAGUCAUUUCCUCAUGUCCAUUGCCAUCAUUUCCUCAUGUCCAUUGCUAUCUCGUUCUUCAGUCAUUUCCUCAUGUCCAUUGCCAUCGCCGCCCCGACGGCUAUCACAUUUUGAUGAUAUCCUCUCCGAUCACUGCAAACCACCAUAA